AUGAAUUGCUGGCGCCCCAACGUCGCAAAUGCACACCGAGAAACGCAAGUGCGGGUGACGGUCCAGUGGUUACCACCCCAGAUUACGCAAGAGAUCCUGUCCUUUCUGGACGAUGCGAACGAUGCUUGCGCCUUCCUUACAGCAAUGCCAGAAGAAGCCCUCGACGACGCUCUGGAUGCGCUCCGGAGCAUUUUGGGUCUUAGCUUUUGCCUUUCGCUGUGGCCUGUCGCACACGGUCGCGAACUCAACCUUCCGUUCAAUCGAGAACAACGAUAUCCGUGGUACGACGAAUUCCGCAGCAUCAUGCGACGCGCGCUUCCAGCGUUCCCGCGCAUCGAUGUCGUUUACGAUGUGAACCAUCCGGUCAUCUACGAGAUAUGCCACGCCACAAUGCUGCGACCAACCACAAGCGUUCACGCCGAGGUCGACCACGAUGUGGGACGCGUCCGUGCUGCCUUUGGCAACUGGACCACGAGCAUCACGCAUCUCACGAUCUUGAGCGAGUCGUUUCUCAACUACAACGACGUCGUCGAGGACGAACUUUUGGCGUGUCCGCGCCUUCGUGCGCUCACGAUGGAGCAGUUUGAUGCAAAUAGCCAUUUUGGUCAUGCGCUGGCCGUCGUUAUCACGGCAUCUCCCCGACUCGAACGCCUGAGUCUACGCUCGUAUUUCAAAUCCGUCAUGGCGGACGGCACCAACCUCCUUGCGUGGCUAGCACGACCGUCAGCGCGACAUCUCCAUCUCGAACGCAUCGUAUUUGACGCCGAGCUCGGCACAGCGCUAGCGAGAGCGAUGCUAACCUCGAAAACGCUCAACACGAUCGAGCUUGUCGACACACCGUAUCUCGCGCAUGGGGUGAUGAGCCCGUCGUUGCCACCGCUGCCCCGUCAACUGCGCCACUUGACGAUGCAUUUUGACAAGUCGGCCGAUGUAAACAGUGAUCUGCCGUGGACGUUUGGUGACGCCGACGCGUGGGCGCUUGCCACCAAGAUCGUUCUAUCGAACUUAACCACGUUCAAGUUGCGCCUCCAGAACCGCUGCGACGUGACGCCGGUGAUGACUGCCUUGGAUUUGAUCCCGACCUUGACGACGCUUGCGCUCGAGACAGUGCACGUCAGCGCGUUUCCGCAUCUGGUGCAGCUCUGGCGUCUGGAGCUACUCGCCGUGACGUACUCGGAAAAUGCGAUCGCGUCGCUAGCGACAUUGCUCCAUGCGUUCCCAAAGCUGACGCAUCUCGAUCUUGGCCAGCAGCAGCUUCCAUACCACCAGGCUCUUUCCAUCUUUCGCGCGUUGCCACUAUGGCUAAGCCAUCGAGGGACAGCCUGUGAGGUCCACCUUGGGAUCGAAAGCGAUGCGCAUGCCAACGCUUUUGCGACGGCGCUUGUCCAGAUGCGCAACACGCACAAGAUCACACUCACAGUUUUGAAUGGUGGCCUCUCGCUCAAGGCGCACCAGUAUAUUGUCGCCGCGCUCGGGUUGACGUCGCGCAUGGGCCUGCGCUUCUCGCCCAUGGCAGGAUACCUAUCCGCCGACGAGAAAGUGACGUUGGCAACGUACAGCAAACUGCAUCGUGUCCAGAUCUCGAAACGGAAACGGCGCGACUACACAGAGACUUGGUAUCUCUCGCCGAGUGCUUCGUGA